GAGAUCAUCAGAGACCGAAAGCCCAUGCAGAAGACACGCGUGACCGUGCUCUUCUUCUGUUUUCUAGGGGAACUAUUUAAUAAUUCAUUGAAGUGCUCUUUUAGAACAACUUUAGAACGGUUAACGGUAGCCAUCUCUAUUGAGCUUUUUAUUUUAAGGAAACGGUUUUGUAACAUCGCUCACUAACUAACUCAUUCACCAAGGUCACAAGUAACCAGUGGAUGUAGUGGGAGCUAAGCCUUCAGCACAUGCGGUUAUAGUAAAAGCCACAAGUGCAAAAAAAAAAAAAAAAAAUAUGGCUGGACUUAUAAACUUUGAAGAUGAGAAUGAAGUGAAGCAGUUUUUGGACAAUUUGGGAGUGGAGUACAGUUUCCAAUGCUACAAAGAAAAGGAUCCUGAAGGGUGCCAAAGGCUCUCAGACUACUUGGAAGGGGUGAAGAAAAACUAUGAAUCUGCAGCACAAGUGCUCAAACAUAACUGUGAAACAAAUGGACACGGAGAGAGCUGCUAUAAACUGGGGGCUUACCAUGUCACAGGCAAAGGUGGAGUGACUGAGUGUCUGAAGACAGCCUACUCCUGCUUUAUGCGCUCCUGCAAUACCAACGGAAAGAAGUCUAUAGAUGCCUGCCAUAACGUUGGUCUGUUAGCCCAUGAUGGACGAGUUAAUGAAGAAGGACCUGACGUUACAGUAGCUCAGCAGUACUAUGAGAAGGCCUGCGCUGGUGGCUUCGCUCCUUCCUGCUUUAACCUCAGUGCUUUGUUCAUUCAGGGCAAUUCCAAAGGACUGCCACCCGAUAUGAAUCAAGCUUUGAAGUACGCUAACAGGGCUUGUGAGCUGGGACAUGUGUGGGGCUGUGCCAAUGCAAGUCGUAUGUACAAACUUGGGGAUGGCACAGAGAAGGAUGACAAGAAAGCAGAGGAGCUGAAGAAUCGAGCGAAGGAGCUGCAUGGUUUAGAGAAAGAAAGGCAGCUCAAAUUUGGGGAAUGAAUGUGACACAUCAUUGUUUUUGGUUUGCCUACACAUCUGGUGUUCAGUCAGGUUGUUUGUGGGGACAAGUAUAUGUGUGCAAAAACAAAACCUGUGCAAGGGUU